AUGUUGGAUCACUUGCCUAACGAUAUAUUGUUAGACAUUUUUCUGAGAUUACCUCUCAAAUUCCUAGUUUUGUUUCCUUGUACUUGUAAAACCCUAAACUCUUACAUCAAAAACCCUAAAUUCGUAACUGCUUACAAUAAGAAAUCCAAAGAAAACCCUUUUGUCUUCUUUAGAUAUUAUUUGAAAUCUGAUGGGUCUGGCAUUCAGCGGUUUAGUUUGCACCAAGAUGUCGAAUCGUCCACUUGGGAAUUCAGAAUGAUGAUGAUGCCCAUGAAAUCUAAUAGUCCGUGUUUUGAAAUUUUGGGUUCUUGCAAUGGUGUGAUAUGUUUGUAUGAUGAUCGACUGGCCAAAAAAAGCAUAACCAAUGUGAUAUACUUGUGGAAUCCUUCAAUAAGUAGAUACAUUGAACUCCCUCCUCCUAAUGUUACAUUGAAGUACCAUCCCCCUAGGCCACCUCCUCUUGUGGAAGUUUAUACAAAAAGUUCAGGGUCAUGGAGAUUCAUCAAGGAUUCAAGCCCUCACUAUCGAAUUAGGACAGAACAUUCACAUUGUUUCGUGAAAGGUAAUAUACAUUGGUUGGGUCGAGACACAAGAUCUAGAUGGCGUCUAUCGUCCUCCUGUAUGGCCAUUGUGACUUUCGAUGUGUCAGUUGAGAAAUUUGAAGGCUAUUCAACGAAGGAUUGUUGCAUAUGGGUGAUAAAGGAGUACGGUGUUGUUGAUUUGUGGUGUAAGAUGUUUAAAUUUGAACAUCCACGUAUGGAUCUAAAAACAAGAACGAUUACCUUUAGGAAAAACAAAGAUAUACUGAUGUUUAUGCACAACAUUAGAGAUAGUGUUUAUAUGUUGUUUUCUGGUUCAAAUGGAGAAUUUGAGGUAUCAAGAAUCCUUCGUCGUCCAUUAAAAGGAUUAUAUAUGGAUUCUUAUGAGGAAAGCUUAGCACUUUUUAAUGAUGGAAAACCAAUUAUGGCUAACGUUUGUGGAGAUGAUGCGGCUGAACAUGAAAAUGUUGAUGAUAUUGAUAUUGAAGAUUAUGACAUAACAUAUGAGUAUGUUGAAGAUGGCUAA